GCUAAAUACGCAAAAUAGACUCUCAACCGAUAUAGUGGAUCUAGUUCUUAAUUUUUAGAAAAUUCAACAUGUUAAUUUGGACGAAAAUGUUAGGACAGUAUCACUUAGCGUUGUGUGUCGUGAUACUAUUUUUUUUACCAAAAACGCAGCAUUCAAUUUUGAUAAUUUCGAGCCUGGUCAGUGUCUUUCCAAAAUUCGACUACGAUUAUAAAGUGAUGCAGAAGUUAUUGCGAUUUGAGAGAGAAAUAAAGGAACCCAAACAAAGGAAUGCAUGUACAGAUACCAAGCAUGUUGCUUUUAUGGCUGAGCUGUCAGCAGACCUGGUUGAUCCCUCUUCCGGUACUACUGUUGUUUUUGAUAGCGUUCGAACAAAUGUAGGUGACGGUUACAAAUCCGGACCAGGGAUUUUUGUUGCUCCUGUUAACGGCACAUACAGCAAAAAUAUUGUUGCAUCUUCUGGGACAAAGGCGGCGUCGUCAAAUCUUCAUCUAUACAUCAUGCAAAACAAGAUACAAGUGGGCUAUGUCUACCUGGAUGAUAACUCUGACAGGUGGCUACUAAGAUCAACAACAGCUGUUUUAGAACUGAACGCUUCUGAUACAGUUUUUGUUAAAGUCGGAUUUAGAAGAGGAGCAGGAAACGUAGAAGCCGUGGUUUGCAUACACACUUCAGUGGUUUUCUGAUUAGUAAGGACUGUUAAAGAGCAUGUGGAAGUUGUCACUGAAUAUAAAAACAAGGAUGAAUAUCGAAUAGGGAAAGCCACUUAAAGACAUCUUAUACUUAAACAUAGUGCGCUAUUGCCUUGCCACCUCACCAUUUUAAUCAUUGCAAUAUGACACUGUAAUCUUUGCUUUAAAUGUAUAAUUUAAUUGAAGCUAGAUACAUGUGCUAAAAUUACAGACUAUUUGGUAAUCUUGUUGCUAAUUUAAUCUCAGUAAUGCAGUACAUACCGUAGGCAUAGCAGUAAUGAUGAAAAUAUUACACCAAUACUGAGCUACCCACUCAGCAUUUAACGAAGAUGGUGUGCAGGCAAACCCUUGUGGAGCAUUAAAACGUUUAUUCGGUUUGUACUUUGACGAGUUUCAUAAAUGUGACAUCCUUGUAUGUUUUCAGGAAUGACAGUUUUAGCUUUGAAUAAAUAAAUAUUAGCAUUUAUGAGGUGAUAUUGGAAAAAGGUACUAAACAUACCAAUAGUAAUAUGAAAAUACGCUAAAGUUUUGCACGCAAAAAAGAUUCAUACUAAAUGAGUUAGAAUGAAAGACUGUGUUCGUUCCCACAAGGAACGUUAUACCAAAGAAUUUUAAUCAUUUCUAUCAUAUAAGCAACAAUUGUAACAUAAAUUGUAUAUCUCAAUAUUAUAACUAAACGCUCAUUAAUCUAAGGAUGAUACAGCUUUUAAAAUGCAAACAAGUUACUUCUAUAUAAGGUACGUUAUGGCGAUAAAUAUAUUUAUUUUGACUUAAUGUUUUUUUUUAUAAUAAUCACAUACAGAUAGGUAAUUGUAUAAAGUAUGAGCAGCAAGCAUAUUGUACAAAGUGGGAUGUAAUCAUAUUUGUAAACUCUACACUGCACAACUCAUUUGAAAGCGUAACUAACUCUAGUUCUUGAGCUAUGUAGUUUUAUUUAACUUUAGGUUCUUGAGCUAUGUAUUUUUAUAUUACUGUUAUUUUUAAGUAUAAAAUAUUAUUUUUCUUCCCUAAAAAUGUAUUUCUUUCCAUAGAAUCGAUAUCUACGAAUGCAUCUAAAGAAUUAUUGUUGAAGUCCAUUACGAACCUUAUUAAAAGUAAAGAAAACACUUACCUUGGCUAGAGAAAAUGCGUUUGUUUAAUCAAUAGAUGGUAUCUAAAAUUUCUUAUUUCUUCUUAGAAACAAUGACCAAACAUAAAAGAUGUUUUCAAUAUAGCAUGUUAAAAUAUCAAAAUAAAAUAUAAUGUACCAACGUAUCUUGCUUUGUACAGUUUUUCAAUGAAUACAAAAUAAACUAGAUCGAAUGUGUACGUUCUAUUUUGUUCGGUUUUUUUCUGGUAUAUUGUCUUCAUGAAAAAUAAAAAAAAUA